CCCCGCCUCAUUACGCCCCCGGCGCCCUGCGUAAAGAUGGCGCCCCCUUCCCUUCGUGCCCGCUCCCAAGAUGGCGGCGCCCUCCUCCCCAGACUAGCGGCGGCCGCCGCCAUGCCGGGCGGGUGAGGGAAGCUGUUCCCAUGGCGUGUGGGGAAUGCAACGCUUCAGCACCUGCUCAGGAUCCAGCACGCAGGAACAUCAUCCACUUCCAGCACAGAGAACUGAAGUGCAGAUAGCAGAACCCAGCUGCAGGGUGAAUCAUGAUUCCAGUCACUGAGUUGCGAUACUUCGCUGACACGCAGCCAGCAUACCGCAUCCUGAAGCCAUGGUGGGACGUCUUCACGGACUACAUUUCCAUAGUAAUGCUGAUGAUCGCAGUGUUUGGAGGGACACUUCAGGUCACCCAGGACAAAAUGAUUUGUUUGCCUUGUAAAUGGGUUACCAAAGACUCCUGCAAUGACUCUGUCAGAGGCUGGACAGCCGCAACCCCGGAGCGCACCUACUAUAACUCCAGUCUUGUUCCCUCUGCUGAUACAGGGCCGACGGGGAUCCGGUAUGAUUUGGACCGGCACCAGUAUAACUACGUGGAUGCGGUGUGUUAUGAAAACCGCCUUCACUGGUUUGCCAAGUAUUUUCCUUAUCUGGUGCUGCUGCAUACUCUCAUCUUCCUGGCUUGUAGCAAUUUCUGGUUCAAAUUCCCACGGACCAGCUCCAAGCUGGAGCACUUUGUGUCUAUUUUGCUUAAGUGUUUUGACUCUCCAUGGACAACGAGGGCAUUAUCUGAGACAGUGGUGGAAGAGAGUGAUACCAAGCCAGCGUUUGGGAAAAUGAAUGGCUCCAUGGACAAGAAAUCCUCCACAGUCAGUGAGGAUGUGGAAGCCACUGUUCCCAUGCUGCAGAGAACAAAGUCUCGAAUUGAGCAAGGGAUCGUGGACCGGUCUGAGACGGGAGUCUUAGACAAAAAGGAAGGUGAACAGGCCAAAGCACUUUUUGAAAAAGUGAAAAAGUUCCGUACACAUGUGGAAGAGGGAGAUAUAGUGUACCGCCUCUACAUGAGACAGACCAUCAUCAAAGUAAUCAAGUUCAUCCUGAUCAUCUGCUAUACCGUUUACUAUGUCAACAACAUAACGUUCGAUGUUGACUGUAAAGUGGACAUUGAGAGCUUGACUGGCUACAGGAUGUACCGCUGUGCUCAUCCUUUGGCCACUCUCUUCAAAAUCUUGGCGUCUUUCUACAUCAGUUUGGUGAUAGUCUAUGGCUUGAUCUGCAUGUACACGCUCUGGUGGAUGCUGAGGCGAUCGCUCAAGAAGUACUCCUUCGAGUCUAUCCGGGAGGAGAGCAGCUACAGCGACAUUCCUGAUGUGAAAAAUGACUUUGCUUUUAUGCUCCAUCUGAUUGACCAGUAUGACCCCCUGUACUCAAAGCGCUUUGCUGUCUUUCUGUCGGAGGUAAGUGAGAACAAACUGCGGCAGUUGAACCUCAACAAUGAGUGGACUCUGGAGAAGCUGCGCCAGAGGAUCACCAAGAACUCCCAGGACAAGCUGGAACUGCAUCUGUUCAUGCUGAGUGGCAUUCCUGACACGGUUUUUGACCUCAUUGAGCUGGAGGUCUUGAAGUUGGAGCUUAUCCCUGAUGUCACUAUUCCCCCAAGCAUCGCCCAGCUCACCAGCCUUAAGGAACUAUGGCUCUACCACACUGCUGCCAAAAUUGAGGCUCCAGCCCUUGCCUUCUUGAGGGAGAACUUGAAGUCUCUGCACAUCAAGUUCACAGACAUCAAGGAGAUUCCUCUUUGGAUUUACAGCCUGAAGACACUAGAGGAGCUUCAUCUGACGGGGAAUCUGAGCGCUGAGAACAACCGGUACAUCGUAAUAGAUGGACUGAGGGAGCUGAAGAGGCUGAAGGUGUUGAGGUUGAAGAGUAACCUCACCAAGCUGCCACAGGUGGUGACGGAUGUUGGCGUGCAUCUUCAGAAGCUUUCCAUCAACAACGAGGGCACCAAGCUCAUUGUUCUCAACAGCCUUAAGAAGAUGGUCAACCUGACAGAGCUGGAGCUGAUCCGUUGUGACUUAGAACGCAUUCCUCACUCCAUCUUUAGCCUCCACAAUCUGCAGGAGAUAGACCUGAAGGACAAUAACCUCAAGACCAUUGAGGAAAUCAUCAGCUUCCAGCACUUACAUCGUCUCACUUGCCUUAAAUUGUGGUACAACCACAUUGCCUACAUCCCCAUGCAAAUAGGCAACCUCACCAACUUAGAGCGCCUUUACCUGAAUCGGAACAAGAUAGAAAAGAUCCCUACCCAGCUCUUCUAUUGCCGAAAACUUCGGUAUUUGGAUCUCAGCCACAACAACUUGACUUCCAUACCGCCGGACAUAGGACUCCUCCAAAAUCUGCAGAACCUGGCUGUGACAGCCAACAGGAUCGAGAGUCUACCACCAGAGCUGUUCCAGUGCAGGAAGCUGAGAACCUUGAACCUGGGAAACAAUGUGCUGCAGUCCCUCCCCUCCCGGGUUGGAGAGCUGACAAAUCUCUCACAGAUCGAGCUGCGGGGGAACCGCUUGGAGUGCCUGCCAGUGGAGCUGGGAGAGUGUCCUCUGCUGAAACGUAGUGGGCUGGUGGUAGAGGAGGACUUGUUCAACACGCUGCCCUUGGAAGUCAAAGAGCGGCUGUGGAGGGCAGACAAAGAACAAGCCUGAGCCCCUGAAAGAACGGGGAAAAGCUCCGACCAGCUAGAAGGAAACACAAGGCCAUUCCAGUCCCCCUUUUCCCAGAUCCUCCCCUUCCUCCCCUCCAAUCACUAUCAGACUAGCCAAGGAGUCCCUGAACAAUCAUGGCUCUGACUGAGGCUGCUUCUUGCCUCAGACGCAGGAUGGGGAAAGCUUGGGAUCAGGAUGAGGAUCAAGGCAGGUUAGAUGGCUUCUGAGCAAGGGCCGGUGGGAUAAGAGGUGUUGCUGCUCUUCUGGACAGGAGGUGGGGUGAGGUGGAUGGUGCUGGUGAGAAGAAAUGACCUUUGAAUGAAGGAGAACAGGAAACAAGGGGAUUGCUGCACUGCCUCAAAUGGGGAUUUUGUGUGUCAGGGACUGAGAGUGUCCAGUGUCCUGCAAGCAAGAAUCAAGAGCCUAGGAAACCUCCUGAACCUCCAUCUCUGUGACACCUGGUACAGUUUCCCUCCAGCUCAGCAAUUCAGUAAGUGAGGCCCUGCAGUGGGGGUUAAGAUAGGAUACAGACAGCGGAUUUCUAUCUAGAUGUUGGCAUUAGGAUUCGGGGGGGUAAAUUUAUCUCAGACGUCAGCUUGGAUGCAGGAUCAUCUUUUGUUACUAAUUGUAUUUCCCUCUUGCACUUGACAUGCUGUCCUCUGCCCCUAGGGAAGGAGUCGGUCCUCCCCCCAACUCAGUCUGCACAUUUGAGGUUGCACUGUUUUAAGUUUCAUGUCACCUGUGCUGAUGAGCAGAUCACAGUGUCCUUCUCCAACUGAGGUGUUGGAGGCACUAACGGAAAUAAUUCCAGAGCUUUAGCCUGUUCUGAAAUGGAUGGUUGUAGUACAAGUGGGAGAAGAUCUGGAUAAAGAGCGGUUGGAGUGUCUAAUUCGUUGUCCCAGAAGCAUUGAGUUACUUCAGGAUCUGGCUUUUAAAGUUUUCAAUCUGCUUUUAAAUUCCUGGUAUUCUGUCAUGUGGCAAAUACGAACACAAAACUGACCAGUGUGUCAAGGUCUCUCCCAGGGUCGAUUGGUGUUUAUAGUAAAGAGGAAUGCUCAGUUUUCCUCUGCCCCCUCCCCAUGAAGUUGUUAGAUGUGUUCUUUAGGAGCACAAACCACAGACCUGCUUGAUUUUGGUUUUUAUCCUGUUGCCCUUCUCACUUUAGCAGCUGUCAGUUCCUGUUACAUCUCUCGUGCUACAUAAGAGGCUAAUCCCAAUUGAACUCGGUGCUGGAAAAGUAACCUGUCCUCCUGUUUCGUUCCCCCAUUGUUAAGGAGCAGUCUGAGAACCCUCUGUGGACUGAGCUUGAAAUCCCUGGGACAGAGCAGCCUUUAUUGAAACAAGCCUGACCUGUUUGGUAUUGUUUGACAAAACCCUGCACUGGCAGAGGCAGAUAACUCGUGAUAGCUACUGCUAAUCGAGUCCUCGAGGUGGGGUGGUGAAGGUGUGCCUGCAGUACACCCUAAGUCUGCACUUUUCCAUCAGAAGGAAGAGGAGAGGCUCGUGGACUUGCAGGUCCCGGUUGCAAUACUCUGCAUCAAGCCGGUAGGUCGUCUGCGAGGUGGAGUGCUGCGAGCUGAGGCAUCAAGUGUUUUGGAGGCCUCCCGUGUGUAUGAAAGGGGGAAGCUGCAGCUGUCUCCGAGAGCGGUUCCUGGCAAAUGGCCAGCGAGAGCACUGGCGUAGCAAAUCCCGGUGAUCCCUUGGAUGGUGGUGCACUAGGGCACACUAUGGCUUUCUUCAUCAGAUGUAAGAUAUGAAAUAUGCACACUAAAUACGCCGAAACCAUGGACAAUGUUAAAUGGGCUCUGGAUUUGUUGAUGUUCAGAUGCUUAAAUAAAGCUACGUUAAAAUCUA